CCUCCAUCUCUUCUCGCACCAUGACUUUCCACGCACCUCCCGACUCACUCCCCGUCCCUCACGCGCCCGACGACGUCUCGAUCCCGCAGUUCUUCCUCGACGCCGCGCACCCCAGCCGGCCGGCCAGACCCGCAAGCGCGCCGUGGCUGAUUGAGGACCACUCGGGCAGGGAGAUAUAUCUCGAGGAGCUGAAGCAACGAACCUCCGAUCUCGCGAAUGCGAUGAGCUCGAAGUGGUGCGUCAGCGAAGGGGAUGUCGUGUGCAUAUUCAGCCCGAACCAUGUCGAUUAUCCGGUCUGCGUCUGGGCAUCCCACAGACUUGGUGCCAUCGUCACGCCAGCCAAUCCGGGCUACACGGCGCCGGAGCUGGCGUUCCAGCUCGAGACCACCAAGGCCACGCUCCUGCUCGCGUUCUCCGCCUUCCUCCCGACCGCCCUGGCCGCCGCAGACAAAGCCGGGCUUUCUCAAGACAGGAUCGUCGUGAUCGAACCGACCGCCGCCUCGUACGACGGGAGCCACGAGACGGUGUCCGGGCUUAUCCGGGCCGGGGGCAGCCAGCCGCAGGCCUACGUGGAGCGCAAGCUGGAUGCGGGCGAGGCACGGACGAAGGUCGCGUUCUAUUGUUUCUCGAGUGGGACGACAGGCAAACCGAAAGCGGUUGUGAUCCCUCACUACGCGGUGGUGGCGAAUGUCAUGCAGAUGGUCGCGCACUUCCGCAUUGAUGAUGAAGGCAUGCAGCACAAGCACAUGAAUCCGGGCGAUGUCGCACUCGGAGCGCUUCCCUUUUUUCACAUUUAUGGAUUGGUCGUGGUCAUGCAUUAUAUGUUGUUUGCUGGCACCUCUCUUGUUGUCAUCCCCAAAUUCAACUUUACCGAAUUCUUGCAAAGUGUAGUCAAAUACAAGAUCAGCGUGUUGUUCGUGGUUCCUCCUCAAAUCGUCUUGUUGUGCAAGCAUCCAGCGACGAAGGACUACGAUUUGAGCCAUGUCAGACUCUGCUGCUCAGGCGCAGCGCCUCUGACCGGCGACCUGAUGGUCACGCUGCAGGCGAUUCUCCCGAACGCCACGAUCGGGCAGGGCUACGGCAUGACGGAGACAUGCGCGACGAUCACCUUCCUGGGCGGCGCGCAGAAGAUGGGCACUGUCGGGAGCGCGGGGCAGAUCAUCCCCGGUGUCGCGGCCCGCGUGGUGCGCCCGGAUGGGGCGCUCUGCGGGGAGGGCGAGGAGGGCGAGCUGGUGGUCACGGGGCCGUCGAUGGCGCUGGGAUAUCUGAACGACGAGAAGGCGACGAGGGAAACAUUUGUUGACGGCUGGGUCCGAACGGGAGACGAGGUCGUCAUUCGCGACUCCGAGAUUUUCAUCGUUGAUCGGUUGAAGGUUGAUGAUUACUGUUUUUUUUUUUACGAAUUCCACCCUGACCUGCGACAGGAAAUCCUCAAAGUGAAAGGAUUCCAAGUGGCCCCUGCCGAGCUAGAAGGACAUCUCCUGCUUCACUCCGCCGUGGUCGACGCGUGCGUGGUCGGGAUCCCGGACGACUACUGCGGCGAGAUCCCGCUCGCGUUCGUCGUGCUGCGCGCGGAGCACACGACGCGCACGUGCGCGGACCCGCGGUACGGCGAGGCGCUCAAGGCUGCGCUGCAGCAGCACGUCGCGCGCGAGAAGAUCGCGUACAAGCACCUCACCGGCGGCGUUGUGUUUAUCGAUGCUGUGCCGAAGAACCCCAGCGGCAAAAUUCUGCGGAAGGACCUGAGGAGCAGGGCGCGCCAGUUCGCGGUUGUCUCGAGUUGACGUCGGUUUGGUAUCUGGGGACGCGCGGACGGUCUCUGUGCAACGCCAAUGUAUCGUUAAUUCAUUAUCCUUAGACUGACUUCUGGGCUGCAAUUCUAUACCUUACCUGCCUUCCCGCGUGUUUAUGCUCGUGCUCUAACACAUAGAAACGUGACCGUG